CCGGCGGUAGCUGGCCGGGUGGGCUUGAGCGGAGACGGUCGCGCGCGCACGCGCACACGACGCGGAGCGGAGCUCCAGACAUCGAGGAGGGGUGUAAGAAGCAUCCGAGAAGGCGAUAGAAGAGGAGGUGGUGUGUGUAUCUGUGUGUUCUACCGUGUGGCUAGCCGAGGGGCGAGCGAAGGCUUGAAAGAGGGCGAGGGAGAAGCGAAAAGAGAGUCUCCCUCCGCGAGAGCCUCUAAUCUGGUUGCUAUGGAGAUAUAUGACCACAUAAAAGGAAUUCCAUUCUGAUAAUUCUGAUACCUGAGAUGCAACUGGACUGAAAAGUGGAACAGGAAAAAUUUUAGUGCCAACUUAAUUACAAUGGCUACUGAUUCAGGGGAGCCAGCUAGCACAGAAGAUUCUGAGAAACCUGAUGGAGUUUCAUUGGAAAACAGAGUUCCUCAGGUUGCAGCAACUUUGACAGUGGAAGCUAGACUAAAGGAGAAAAACAGUACCUUCUGUGCUUCUGGAGAAACUAUAGAAAGGAAGAGAUUCUUUCGAAAGAGUGUUGAGAUGACAGAAGAUGACAAAGUUUCUGAAGCUUCCUCCAAAGAUGAGAGAAUAAAGACUACAACAAAUAUUCCAAGAGUAGAAAAGCUUCCUACAAAUGUGCAAAGAGGCGGACAAGAAGUUAAAUACGAGCAGUGUUCAAAGGGAAUGUCAGAAUCCUCAAAAGAUUGUUUCAAGGAGAAAAAUGAAAAGGAAAUGGAAGAAGAAGCAGAAAUGAAAGCUGUAGCUACUUCUCCUAGUGGCAGGUUCCUGAAAUUUGAUAUAGAGCUGGGAAGAGGAGCAUUUAAAACAGUAUAUAAAGGACUGGACACUGAAACAUGGGUUGAGGUUGCUUGGUGUGAGCUGCAGGACCGGAAGUUAACCAAAACUGAGCAGCAAAGGUUCAAGGAAGAAGCGGAGAUGUUAAAGGGUCUCCAACAUCCCAAUAUAGUUCGAUUUUAUGAUUCCUGGGAGUCUAUAUUAAAAGGAAAGAAAUGUAUUGUAUUAGUGACCGAACUUAUGACAUCAGGAACCUUAAAGACGUACUUAAAACGAUUUAAAGUCAUGAAACCAAAGGUCUUAAGGAGCUGGUGCAGGCAAAUUUUAAAAGGGUUGCAGUUCUUGCACACUAGGACUCCUCCUAUUAUUCACCGGGAUCUGAAGUGUGACAAUAUUUUCAUCACGGGACCCACUGGAUCUGUGAAGAUUGGUGAUCUAGGACUAGCCACCUUAAUGCGCACAUCUUUUGCUAAAAGUGUCAUUGGCACGCCUGAGUUUAUGGCCCCAGAAAUGUAUGAAGAGCACUACGAUGAAUCUGUGGACGUCUAUGCUUUUGGAAUGUGUAUGCUGGAAAUGGCUACUUCGGAGUACCCUUAUUCUGAGUGCCAGAAUGCAGCUCAAAUAUACCGUAAAGUAACUAGCGGUAUAAAACCAGCCAGUUUCAAUAAAGUCACUGAUCCUGAAGUGAAAGAAAUCAUUGAGGGAUGUAUUCGUCAGAACAAAUCUGAAAGGUUGUCUAUCAGGGAUCUACUAAACCACGCAUUUUUUGCUGAGGAUACAGGACUAAGGGUGGAGUUAGCGGAGGAAGAUGAUUGCUCAAAUUCAUCCCUGGCUUUAAGACUCUGGGUUGAAGACCCUAAAAAAUUAAAAGGCAAGCAUAAAGACAAUGAAGCUAUUGAAUUCAGUUUCAAUUUAGAAACAGAUACACCUGAGGAAGUAGCAUAUGAAAUGGUCAAGUCAGGAUUCUUCCAUGAAAGUGAUUCCAAAGCUGUUGCUAAGUCCAUUAGAGAUCGGGUGACCCUGAUAAAGAAGACAAGGGAGAAGAAGCCAGCUGGCUGUUUGGAAGAACGCAGGGAUUCCCAGUGCAAGUCUGUGGGGAAUGUACUCCCUCAGCCCCAAAAUACAACUUUGCCCCCUCCACCUGUUCAGCACACCGGGGCUGAAUGUGAAGAAACUGAAGUUGAUCAGCACGUGCGACAACAGCUUCUACAAAGAAAACCGCAACAGCAUUGCUCCUCUGUCACAGGUGACAGUUUGUCUGAGGCAGGAACUGGAUCAGUUAUACACUCAGAUACUUCAAAUCAGCCCAGUGUAGCCUAUUCCUCAGACCAGAUGAUGAGCUCUCAAAUGGUUUCUAACAUCCCACAGGCCGAAAUAAAUAUUCCAGGGAAAAUUUAUCCAUCCCAGCAACUAAUGGGACAUUACCAGCAGAUAUCAGGGUUGGAGAAGCAGCCAAAGCUGACUCAGCCCCAAAUUUUGCCUUUGGUUCAAGGUCAGUCCACUAUUUUGCCUGUACAUGUCCUUGGACCUCCAGUUGCCUCACAACCCCAGGUUUUGCCAUUAACUGUCCCAAAAGUCUCACAGCUAAAGCAUAUAUCCCAAGCAGUUGGAGCUGAAUAUCAAGCAACCCUUCCAAAACCAGAUUUAGUUCGAAGUUUGAAUAAUGAUGUGGCAGCUGUGAAGGAAAACCCUGAUAACCCAAGUGGAAAUGGCAAACAAGAUCGGAUCAAACAGAGAAGAGCUUCCUGUCCUCGAUCAGAGAAGGGGACUAAAUUUCAGCUUACUGUCCUUCAGGUGUCAACCUCUGGAGACAACAUGGUGGAGUGUCAACUGGAGACACACAAUAACAAGAUGGUCACCUUCAAGUUUGAUGUUGAUGGUGAUGCACCAGAGGAUAUUGCAGACUAUAUGGUCGAAGAUAACUUUGUCCUGGAAAGUGAAAAAGAAAAAUUUGUAGAAGAAUUGAGGGCUAUCGUAGGUCAAGCCCAGGAGAUUCUUCAUGUCCACUCUGCUGCAGAAAGAGCUGUUGGAGUUGACUCUGUUAUCAUGGAAUCCAGCAGUAGCCAAACAGGAUCAUCUGAACAAGUACAGAUAAAUUCUGCAUCCACUCAAACCAGCAAUGAGUCUGCUCCUCAGUCAUCCCCAGUUGGUCGAUGGCGAUUUUGUAUCAAUCAGACAAUAAGAAACCGUGAGGCUCAAUCUCCUCCUUCUCUUCAGCAGUCCAUGUCUACCAUUCCUGGGCUAAAUCUGCUUUCUAGUCCAAGAAACAUAAGUACUAAGGAAAUAUCACAGGACACACUGAUCACUCUAGAAAAUAAUUCAUGCCAGCGUGCACUUUUCACCUCCACAUCAGAGCACAAGGAUGUAGUUGAUGGUAAGAUUUCUGAAUAUGCCAGUGUAGAAACUAAGCAGCCAUCUAUACUUUAUCAAGUGGAAGAUGACAGUCAGAUAAUGGCACCAGCUGCUAGUAGUUCCAGUCAUACUGCUACUUCAGUUCGGGCAGUUCCACUUGAAUGUGAGGGACUCACCAACCAAGCAGGCAUAUUCCUACCUGUGUAUCCAGGUCACCAAGCUGUCAGUCAGGCAGCUCCUGGCGAGUCAACUCAGAUUGCUGCUAACUCUCUUACAACCCCGGCAUUUAUAUCUGAUCAAAAGCCUCAGUCCUUACCAGUGCAGCAGCCAACUAUGGAUGCAGAGUUUAUUUCCCAAGAAGGAGAAACUGCAGUGAACACGGAAGCAAGUUCUCCUAAGAUGGUCAUUCCCACUCAGACCCCCAGCCUUGAACCGACUAGCCUUCUAUCCUCUACUGUCCUGGAAUCAGAUGGGGAAAGACCUCCAAAAAUGGAGUUUGCAGACAACCGAAUUAAAACUCUGGAUGAAAAAUUAAGAAAUUUGCUCUAUCAGGAGCAUAGCAUAUCUAGCAUCUAUCCUGAGAGUCAGAAGGAUACCCAAAGCAUAGACUCUCCAUUUUCUUCCUCUGCUGAAGACACACUCUCAUGUCCAGUGCCAGAAGUCAUAGGCAUCAGUCACUGUGGAAUUCAAGAUAGUCCUGCACAGUCCCCUAAUUUUCAGCAGACAGGCUCUAAGAUUCUGUCCAAUGUGGCUAUGAGUCAGCCUGCUAACAUAUCCGUGUUCAAAAGGGACCUGAAUGUGAUAACUUCUAUACCCAGCGAAUUAUGUUUACAUGAGAUGUCCCCAGAUGCUUCACUUCCAGGGGAUCCAGAGGCCUAUCCUGCUGCUGUGUCAAGCGGUGGAGCCAUUCAUCUGCAGACAGGAGUGGAAACAGAAGAUAUGAGAUCACCGGUUGCUCCUGACCCCAUUCCUCUGACAGGAGAGUCCACAGCUGGGGCUUUGAGUAGAUGUAAAGCCAUGAGUGGAUCAUUUCAGCGGGGUCGGUUCCAGGUGAUUACAGUUCCUCAGCAGCAGUCACUGAAAGUGACAUCUUUUGGAAUAGAGCACAUACCAGCAUUCAAUAAAAUGACAAGCCAGUCUAGUGAAGAAGCUCUAGCCUUUACUGAAACAACAAAAUCUCAGUUGGUAGAAAUGGAACCUGCCACACACAAUCCACAAACUUCACUUUCUUCUCAGAAGUUACAAGCUCUUCAGGAAACCUUCAAAGAAGAUAAAAGAAUUCCCAAGCAAGCUGACAACUUCUUAUCUUUCAGUACAGCUUGUAAGACUGAUGUAUCUUUGAUGACCCCAGAAAAGGAAUUCGAAGCAAAUUCAGCCACAAGAAGUAGCAUGCAAUCUGGAUCUGAACUGUUGCUUAAAGAGAGAGAGAGACUUACUGCUGGGAAACAACCUCGCUCUGAUAGUGAAUUUUCAGCCACUCUUGCUGGUAGAGGGAAAUCAGUGACAAAGACUGGUUCAGAGAGAGAAAAGUGCUUACCACUCUGUGACGAAAAAGCCUAUGUUCAGACACAGAGUUCACUCUUCUAUUCACCAUCUUCCCCAAUGAGCAGUGAUGAUGAGUCAGAAAUAGAGGAUGAGGACUUAAAGGUGGAGCUUCAAAGAUUACGAGAAAAACACAUUCAGGAGGUGGUAAAUCUUCAAACCCAGCAGAAUAAGGAGCUACAGGAGCUCUAUGAACGCCUUCGGGCAAUUAAAGAUAGCAAAGUCCAAUCAUCAGAGAUUCCUCUACCACCUGCAUCACCACGUAGACCAAGAUCUUUCAAAAGCAAACUUCGAAGCCGUCCCCAGUCCUUGACACAUGUGGACAGUGGCACAGUUGCUACAGAUCCACUGUGUGUGGAAAGUAGCGCAGCAUCAUGCCAGCAAUCUCCAGCUAGUAAAAAAGGAAUGUUCACAGAUGACUUACACAAACUGGUGGAUGACUGGACAAAGGAAACAGUAGGAAAUUCUCUUAUUAAGCCAAGUUUAAACCAACUUAAACAGAGUCAACAGAAACUAGAAACAGACAACUGGAACAAAGUAUAUGAAAAUACUCCAUCUACUAUGGGCUACACAUCAACAUGGAUUUCUUCUCUGUCACAAAUCCGUGGAGCUGUCCAAACCUCCUUGCCACAAGGACUCUCACUCCCUUCAUUUCCUGGGCCAUUAUCAUCAUAUGGAAUACCCCAUGUUUGUCAGUAUAAUGCUGUGGGCGGGGCAGGGUAUCCAGUACAGUGGGUAGGAAUUUCAGGAACACCACAACAAUCUGUAGUAAUUCCUACCCAAUCUGGGGGACCAUUCCAGCCGGGGAUGAAUUUGCAGACGUUUCCAGCUUCAUCAGUGCAGAAUCCAUCCACGAUCCCUCCUGGUCCCAAGUGA